GUCUACAAAGCCACUUGCUGCAACUACGCUCGUCAGAUUCUCAUUCAUCAACUUACAGAGAAUUCGUGAUACGUAAGUACUCAGAAAUAAGACCUUUGUGAAAAAAUAGAUGAGGAUCUUAAUCUAAUUCUGUAGACCGAAAAGUUCACUGAGAACUUUUUACUCUGUUAUUGUGCGCGAAAUUUUACAAUUUAUUCCGGGCUUUUUGUUCAAGUUUGCUGACUGAAAUUAUGUUCGAUUUUAUGAUAAAGACUUGUUCGCCUUUGAAAAAGCCAAAAGAAAUACUCAAAUUCCUACAUGCAUACUACAGAGCGCAGUUCUUCUGCUUCGUAUAAAUUGCUUUGUAGACUUUGUAGGUCAGUCAUCACGGAUAUCGGAAAACGUCUUCUUAUUUACAAUUUUUUUAUUUAUUUUUAUUUUUUCGUACUAUUUCAAAAACGAGUGCCAGGGUUUCAUCAGGUUUCCAAAAGCGAGAAAACAUUUGAAACAACGUUUGGAAACCUGAUGAAACCCCAAAGCACGAGUUUUUGAAAUUAGUUCUCCAACAAAGAAAAUUAGUAGAAAUUAUAAUUUUAAUAAGUUUUCUGAAUUCAAACACAUCAGUUAUUUGAGACGUGGAAUGUCAGGACCUGUCACCUACUUGGUUCUUCCUGGUGUGUUGGCAUUCAAUGCCACGUCAGUGUUACUUGGCUAUUUGUGACUUCCGUAAGCAAACACGUUGCUUCGCAAUACAGGUGGCAGAGUAGAGGUUUAGACGUCUUAAAACUUGUGAAGAAGAAGAAACGUGUGUGGCCGGUGCUAUACCUAAGUCUACCCGAUAUAAAAACAAAUGGGCGGCUGGCAUUUUUGAUAAUUUGCAAAGAGCUCGAUUUCCUAAAGUUGCAACGUUGUAACCGGCUGGUCUCUUUAAUAAGGGACCUCACGAAAACUACGACGGCGAGGGCAACGGGAACGUCAAAAAAGCAAUAGGUUUAAUCAGCAAAAUAACAACUCCGCACUUGCAUUAUUUUUUGUAAAUUUCUUUCCCGUUGCUGCACAACUACUACGUGAAAUGGCCAAAUUGUAACUUUACUUGAGAACGGGAACGGCAAGGCGAUAAAUUCUACCAUCUCUGUCUGAACUCGCUACCACCUCUCUUCGCUCCAUCUUAAAAUCUCGUCUUUUAAGUAACAGUCGACAGGGGAUAAUCGUAAUAGGUUUGAAAGGACGCGAAAUCUAUUUUUCAGCGACGUUUGCGUUUUCAUGGACGUCGCCGAUGUUGGAUAGUAAGGUCCCUAUUAAUUAUGAUCUGCACAAAAUUCAGUCCUCGGAAGUUUCGUUAGUUCAAAUGGGUGCUUUAAGCCUUAAUUACUGGCUGACGUGAGUCUAUGCAAGAAGUUGCCAAACCGUCAAAGGAAAGAUAUUCAGCCAAAACAAUUUACCAGAGUGUGUGAAAAACUGUGAAAUAUGUCGUUUCAGCGAGGAAAAGAAUGAGAAGUUGGAUUUUAAUUCUCUCGAUCGAUGCUUCGGACAAAAGGUGCAGUGGUGUUGCUUUAUGUGGCACUUGUCAUUUAUUUUGAUACUUUGAUACUGUUACAUUUAACGUUAGCAGUAAAUAAGCUUGCUCUAAAGUGUAUUGCAACUUUGUAAUCAAAUAAAGUUUUUCAUCUUCGUGCGUUCGUCUUGCUCUUUGAAUAUGCAAAUUAAGAAAUUAUACACGGGUUUGAAAUCGUCUCCAAACACAUGUGGUUUUCAACUCGUUUUUCAUUGGGUUUCUAAACUCAUCCACCUGACCAGAAUGAGGCGUUCUGGUUGGGUGACAACAUUAUGGAUAAUUAAUGAGUUUCAGAAAUGCAUCUCACGACUGGCAUAUCGUUCACAGUUCAGUGACGGGAUCUAGUUUUUUUUUGUACAGCUAUAUUUCGAGAAAGGUUGUCGAGAAAAAAGCACGCGACAAUCCCAAAUGUUAUUGUUGGUUUUCGAGUUCACUGUUCUUCAAAGACAUUUGAAAGAAUGACACGAGAGGCCAUGGACAUACGUUUGCGAGUGCUAGAGGAAAGCAAUAAAAGUAGGUUCGACAGCUACAGUGUCAGGAACAGUAUAUUAUGUUGAUCAUAUGCCAUAUUACCUGUCGGGAUUGUCACGUGCACAUUUUUUCCAACAACCUUUCUGGAACUGAAUAGCAGUGUAUAAUUAGAAUCACAAGACACAGCCGUGAAUAUUAGCCGCUCACGUUUCACGGAAAACCCUUAGCUUGCUAUGGUGAUAUAAGGACAAACGGCUUUUUUCUUUUGCUUGAUAUUAAAUAAUUACAAACAAAUCUCAAAUCAUAUCAUUUGGCUCUUAUCUGUUUCUGUUUCUUGGUAUUGCGACGUGUACUAUGAUCUAAUGCAUUUAUAUGACAUAUAUAGCCCAGUUAAUACGUUUAAAAUGUCGAAUUUAGUAAAAAGUAUGAUAAUUUAAGGAAUUUAACGCCUAAAAAUCCGAAGACCACUUUCCCGGACUUUCAGGAAGCGACGUGGCAAGUUUAUUGCAAUGUUAUUACAUUAUCAGUGUCACAAAAGUGCUAAAUCUUGAUUACGUUUACCACCAUUUCAUACUAUAUCUGACUGCCUGAGAUUCAAAAAGGCACCAGUAAAAAUGUUUAGGCCGUUAUAUUAUAACUGAGAUAGUAAAUGCCGCGGAUACGGUGGCUGAUAUGGACAAAACAUUUAGACACAAACGAGAACAGAAAAUUGAAUCACAAAACCUCAAAAAAGAACCAAAAAAAAUAAAAACAGAAUCGCAGAACCAAUAACACCGAAACACAUUAUGGUAUUCCCGUUAAAAAUUAUUCUGAUGCUGUGUGAACGCAGUCUAAAUCCCGGGGAGGGAGGUACUUUAGGAAUUUUUGGGUGGGGAUGUGCCGCUGGGACCCUGAAACCUUUAGGCUUUACCAGAGCUAGUUCAAGUGAAUUUUGCUACCCUAUACUAGACUAAACUCCCCAAAUCCCACCCUAUCCUAGAGUAGCUGUUUUCCAGAAACAACUGAGGUCACUAGCACAGUCCAGCCAAAACAAAACCGAUUUGACUUUUUUAUAUUUUUGAGUGGCAGUUCCCGGUUUCCCAAGUCUAGACUGAAAUCUUCAGCCAAUUGAUCAGUUUAAAUGGAAAAUGAUAACCUCCUCUAGACCCAAACUCUCUGACUUAUGUACCCUAUCCCAGAGUUAAUUGCUUGAAAACCAUACCCUUCACAGCGGCACAUAUAUGGCACUACCAUCCCUCCCGGGCCUAAAUCAAAGAAUAACCGGGCUCAGUGUUGCUACUUCAGUAUACGAGUACUGCAAAAUUACAGUGUUAAUACGGGGUAAUCCUAGCGGAAUUUGUAGGAAAUGCACUGUCGCGCUUGACAAGUGGCCGGAAUGUUUUAUAUUUUUGCCCGUUUUAAUUUUUCAGAAUGGAUCUACUUGUCUUCUUUAUGGUUUGUGGAGUAGCUCUGCUUGGCUCUUGUACCAGUGGAAAUGCAGAAUGGCCCCCUGCUGCCUAUAAGAGAGUCGUCAAAUGUAUUCCCAAGGGAAAACCACCAACGCCCUCAGUGCCGUACAACGUAGCAUUUUGUCUUGCUUUAAAGGUUUUACGGAAUAUUUUGCAUACUGUAUAAGUGUUUAAUCAACGAAGCAGCACGUUGAGGUACAAGGGGUCAAUACUGAAAAUGUCCCGGGAAUAUCCGGUUCCCAAUAUAAACAGAAUCGAGGAUGCUUGUCGUCUCUCAUAAGUGUGGUUAAAGCUUCGUAUUUUUAAUCUCACUUUUUUACGUGCUCGGGGAAAAACGUCAAUAUUUUUAGCCGUUAAAAUCUCGUUUAGGGUUGAAAGCAACGAAAUUUAUCGAAACAUAAAGUCUAUUUUUAAUAUUUUGGGUAUCUGUCAGUGGUCAAAAACAUUUUGAGCCGCGCCCAGAAAAGUUUUCUGGCGUUUGAUUAAAAAUUUCCAACGAUUAUUCUCAUUUGUUCCCUGAGGGAAUCGUCCCUUCCUCUCUUCUGCACGGGUAAAAAUGCCCGCGUGGCUGAACCCGACUGCCCUCGGCAGGUACUGACCAGGAGAUAACUUCACCACGGAAAGGAAAAAGAAAGGAAAGGAAAAGAGACAACAGACAAACAAACAAAACAAACGAAAGAAAUGAAUUUCCCUUUUAUAUAAGGCUUGUAACCAAAAGUAUUAACGUUUUUAUUUUCAUAUCUAAACCAGAUGGAUUCCGAAUGCCUACUAGAGCCAUUAAAUGCCACAUGUUACCGCGAAGUUUUUGACUUUUAUCGUGCGUACAACCUGGAACGGAUUUAUCUUACCCGAAAAUCUGACUUUUGUCCGAAGCCACUUCCUUACGAGGAAUUAAGGGAGCUUGUCCGUGAAUCUGGUAAGUCAUAAUCUUAAAUAACAGCGUGGUUUACUCGUCUCUUGAAGUAUUUUCAAAAACCUAAAUUAAUGCAAGGAUGGCAAAGGGCUGAUUUCUUUGGGGCCAAUAUUUCGGAGAUUGGUUUACGCUUUCGGGAAGUGGGGAAGGGCACACUCCCAUGUUUUUUUUCAUGUUUUUUUUUUUUCGUUUUUUUUCAUAUAGUCAUGUACGGCACCUUAAGGGUAUGGUUUUUAAGCCGUUGAAUCAAAAAUAGUGUGUUGAUUUUAUUUACGUUUUGAGGGCAGGAAAUGGGAAAAGGGUUUUUAGAUCCUCCCCUUUAUCAAGCUCACAUUCAAGUGGUUCUUAGCUUGAACUUAAAGCUAUUUAUCAAGUUUCGCGUCUUUAACUGAAUAUAUACUUCUAGAGUACUCUCUGACCUGUUGACUUAUCUCUAUAUGUAAAUUUGCCUUCUCUUUUUUAAUAGCUAUCAUGAAGAAAGAACAUCUCCCUAGUAUUGGUAAGCAUGCAUGCAAAGCCAAAUAAGCCCAGUUGGAAUAACACUCUUAAUGCGGCUUGUAAGACAUUUGCUUGGGCACAUGGUUUUCUAUUUCUUAGCCAAGAUUGUGGAAGACUGCGAGCAGUCUCUUACUUUCUUUUGAAUCACGAUAGAUGGCGAACAUGGUAAAUCGCGAGCACGCGCGAGGAACGAUGGCAAAGCCUGAGCGAAGAUUUUCCAUUCCAGUUUUUGUCUCUCUGACCCAAUCUCUCCUCCUUUUUACCGUUCAUGUGCGUAAGAGUCUGAGGAUAGAAGGACGACCGCUUACGGUCUAGUUGUGGCCCAGCUAGACGUUUUUAUUAUUUAGACUCAAACAAACUUUAUUAAGUAUCAGUUUUGCCUCGAGGUUUAAACGUUUCCAUAUUCAUGUCUCAGGGAUCUUUUUUUCUACCUUUAGAGAACGAUACCUACGUGGACUGCGCUGGUACGGUGGAGAACACUUGUGUUAAGGUGGCCGUAAAAAACUUGGAAAAAGGAAAAAAUGUCCUCCAAAUAUUCCUUAGCUAUAUCAACUGCUACGAUAAGGAGACGAAGACAUGCCCCGUUCCAAUUGCUCGUAAUAUCAACGUUGUCAUACAGGCCUUUAAAAAACAUAUUUACGCAUAUAAUGGCCUGCUCGCCAAAAUGCUGAAAAAGAUCAUUCCCGGCCGCGACGUAGUAGGUCGGAAACUUUCUGUUUAAACAUAUAACCGAAUACCUUUAUAGAAAGGACAUUGGAUAAAUUCAAGCUAAUUCAGGGUUAAUAAGUGUUAAUCAGGGCAUGUCAAAAAUAGUUUCUCAUAAGUUAACACUCUAAAGCCAGUUUACUGCUGUAACUAGUUACAUGAACAAGUUCUUUUAAAGGAGCUGUGUCUUUAAAUUUAUCAAAAUUUAAACAUUUGGAACAGCUGCCAAAUUAAGUGAAACAUAAAAAUAAUAAAUAAAUUUUAUCACUUGUUUGUCCCCUGAAAUAACACGUGACAUUGCUUUUAUCCCAUCAACCCUAAGGCGAGUGCAAAGAUGGAGGGUAUCGUAAACAAGGUCCAAACUUCCUAAUGAAACACGUUCAUGUCUUAACUCACCCUAGAGACAAUUCUUUUUUGCAACGUUCCUUCUUCUACGCUCAAAACAAAACAAAAAAAACAACAACAACACCACCGCCAGUAUGGGAAUCACAUAAUUGUUAACUAAUAUUUAAUAACUGUCACCAAAAGAAGUUUUGGGUUUUGAAGGUCGGGGGCGGGGUUGAAGGAAGUGCAAGUGAUGCAGAAACACAGCUUGACGCACCGGAGUACGAGUUUGAACUUUCAAGUUGA